AUGGGCACUUACAAGUUUACCUGGGCUCACCCGGCCGAGGAGGUCUACGUUACCGGCACUUUCGACAACUGGACUAAGAGCGAGAAGUUGGAAAAGGUCGGCAGCUCUUUCGAGAAGACCGUCACACUCGCCGACGCAUCGGAAAAGAUCUACUAUAAGUUUGUCGUCGACAACAACUGGAUCACAGAUCACACUGCCCCUCAAGAACCUGAUCACGAGGGCAACGUAAACAACUUUCUCACCCCCGAUCAAAUCGUUAAGGAGGAUACCACCGCCGCAGUCAUGAACACUGUUACUCCCGAAUCUACCACCGCCGCCUUGGCUAAGGACGUGCCUCUCGAGAACAAGGAGGAGCUCCCCCAGGCUACCCCCUCCGACAUUCCCGGCGGCUUCCCCGUCACCCCCGCCAACGAGCUUGACAAGUUCAUUGGUGUGAACCCUAUCCCCGCCCAAGAUGUUACCGCUGAGCCCGUAACCGUCGCACCUGGCGAACCCCUCCCCGCGUCUGUCAAGGCUGGCGAUAUCAACGAGCACGUCAAGCUUGACAAGGAGGGUUACGAGGACUCUAGCGCUCUGCCCGGCCUCUCCAAGGAGGAGACCACCGUCCCUGAGGUUACCAGCAACACGAUCCCCGAGUCCAGCUUGCCCAUUGCGACCGCGGAUGCCACCAUCAACAGCGCCGCACCCACAUCCACCACCGCCGCUCUGGCCGCCGAGGUUCCUCUCGAGACCAAGACUGCCGAGGUUCCCGAAAUUGUCAAGGAGAGCCAAGAGAAGGCCCACGCCGAGCCUGAGGCCAGCGCAAACCCCGAGGCCGUCCAGGAGAAAGCCGUUGUUGAGGACGAGCUCCUCGAGAAGGUCCCCACCGCUCCCUCGACUUCUGAGGGCACCGCCGGAUUCGGCACUCAGAAGACUGAGGCCGCUGGCGUCGUCGUUGCCACCGCUGCCACUAUUGGUGGUCUCGCCGCUGCCGCCGCCAUCAAUGCCAAGGACACUGUCGUCGAGGCUGCUGCUCCUCACGUUGAGCAGGCUACCGUUGCCGCCACUGACGCCGCUGCUCAGCUCCCCGAGCCCGUCAAGGAGAGCCUGCCUGUGAGCGUUCAGGAGGCCAUCGGCGGUCAGACCAAGGAGGAGACCCGUGAGGAGGUCGCUCCCGAGGUUCCCACCGUCGUCAAGGAGUCUAUCGCCGAGGCCGGCAAGAGCCCCGAGGCUGCCGCCAAUACCGAGGCUGUCAUCGAGAAGAAGGAGGUCGAGGCUGAGCUCCUCAAGGAGGUCAAGCCUAUUCCCGCCGUUGGUGAGGAGACCAAGGUCGAGGCCGAGAAGCCCAAGGUUGAGGCUGCCAAGGAGGAAGUCAAGGAGACCAAGGAAGAAGUCAAGGAGGGCGAGAAGACCAAGACUGAGGCCGUCAAGGAGGAGGCUAAGCUCGCUAAGGAGGAGGUUAAGGCUGCUGUCACCAAGGAUGACUCUACAAAGGAGGCUAACGGUGCCAACGGUGUUCACACAACCGCCAACGGUGCCAACGGCGCCAGCCUCACCUCCACCAAGGAGCCCGAAGUUCCCACCACCCCUGCCAAGGCCCCGUCCUCCGUUCCCGAGUCAACGACACCAAGCAAUACAAAGGCCACCGAGAGCCCUUCGGGCACCGAGAAGAAGAAGAAGAACCGCCUGAGUGCCUUCAUCGGCAAGCUCAAGGCCAAGGUGCACAGCAAAUAA